AUGGCGGCGCAUGUUCACUCGGCGUCGGCUAUGGCGGCGACGCUUGUCGAGCCCGGUCGCUCGCUCGGGUUUACGUCGCCCACAUGGCGUGGACGAGCAAAAGCCUCGUGGGUCUGCGCCAAGCGGCCAACGCUUCGAACCCCGCUCGUCUUGUUUUCGUACGCGCCCCUUUCGUUCUACGUUACCGUGGGCUAUGUGCUUUUUGUGUUCAUAUUGCCGGCCGCCAAUAGCGGCUUGCAUCGUCGCCACCAGAGCCGCCAUUUUUACUGGGCGGCGACCCACGUUCCGACGUGGCGCUUCGUGCUUUCGUCGUCGCCGCUCGAUGUUGGGACGCGGUUGAUUGCACUGCUAGCGACGUACUACGGGCGACUCCAAAGAGUCGUCGCCGCCGUCCGCGUCGUGCCAAGCCGCGUCAAGCGCACCCAAACGCUCAGCUUGAUCUCGGAAGACAGGUGCGCCGUGUCUCCGCGGCUUCCAUGUCAAAAAGAACUUUUCGAGAAAGUGCGUCCGGGGCUCGUCGCUUCGGGGAUGCCCUUGAACCGGCGCUGGCGCGUUGGCUUGUACGCUGUCGACGCUGUCGUCGCACGCGCGCUGCUGGUGCUGGCGACGUACCGGAGUUACUUUCGCGUCGCCGUCCUGGGCGAUCCGACGCUCUUGUGGCUCCACCUCCAGCGCUGGGUCCUUCCGCAGCUUCCCGCGACGUGGCUAUCGUCUUUUUGCACGAUACUCGCCUCAACGCAGUACGUGACCGACUCGCCAGCCCUGGGCAACCUGUCUCCGACAGUGUACGCAAGCUGGCACGCGCUGAGCCAAACCCGCCUCUUCGGCCACAUUCAAAAGCUACGGGCGCUCGAGUACUUGGACGUUGGGCAUAAUGCGCUCCCCAAGCUGCAGCUGGCGCCUGCGACGCUGCCACCUAUUCAAUCUAUCUUUGCAGACGACAACCACUUGGGCCUUCGCGGCGCGCGAGAGCUCGCCAAGGCCAAGCUCUACUCCACCUCAAGCCGCCCCGAGUGGAAUAACGAGCAGCAGGACUUGAGCCAGCUUCAAUGCUCAGACAAGGAACUGGCACUAAAGCACGAGCAGCGCACGUCCAAGCACCUAGAGACCGCCAAAGUGGACCUCUACUUUAAAGCCCAAGCGGACCAGCUCGCGGCACGUGAGCGAGCGCUGCUUCGCGAUCAAGACGAGCAAUCGAAUGUUUUGAGUCAGCAAGUCAAGCUCAACAAACUCUACGAAGUCGUGGAGAAGCGCAGCCACGAAGCAGCGCAAAAACAAGCCAAGCUCGAUGCACUAGAAAAAGCGCUGCGGGACCGAGAGGCCUUCUUGGCGCAGUGCCAAGCUGCGCUUCAAGCCCAGGAGGCCCAAGUCGCACAGCCUCCGGCACAGCCGCCACCAGUGCACAAUGACGAAAGUCGAGAACUCGCCCUUCGACACCGCGCGCAGGAGCUAGCGUUAUGGGGGGAACGGCUCGUCCUGCAAGAGAAACAGCUGGCCACGAUGGAAACGCUUUUGGAGACACGUCAGCGUGAGUGGGAAGACAACCACAGUCGCCUUCAAGCCCAGCACGAUGAUGCCGUCACAGCGUGGCAGCUCGAGACGCAAGCCGCAACCGUCCGACUCGCCGAGGCGCGCGAGAGAGAGUUGCGCCAGUACCAAGACAACAUGUCCAAAUUGGCCGUCGAACAAGGUCGCUUGCGGGAGCAAGAAUGCGAGCUCCGGGCCAUCAAAGAGGCAACGUCGGUGAUGACCGACGAGCACAAGACACGCGAAGCGGCGCUCACAGCACGCGAGCAUGCGGUGGCCGAGCGAGAGGCAGUCGUGGCAGCGAGAGCGACCGAGCUGGACGCACGCGCACUCGAGCUUGAAACGAGAGACACGGAGCGCGCCGAGAAGGAAAAAUGGCUCCGGUGUCGGGAACGAAAACUCGACGUCUUUGCAAAGGACGUCGAAACGCAGCACGAGCUCAACGUGCAAAAGGCCAACGAGCUGGCACAAGCAGCGACUCGGCACCCGCCUGCGACGCCCAUGGCGACAUGCGUCUUUAACGACUGCGGCCAGCCCGCGCUCGACGGCUCGGACAAGUGCCACUUUCAUCGCAACCGCACCAAGUGCAGCGUGCCGGACUGCGCCAACCAGGUCUACGCGCGGCACCUCUGCAUUCGGCAUGGCGGGAAGCGCACGUGCCAGUACCCCAACUGCGCCACGAACGCCCGCGCCGGCGACCUCUGCGCCAAGCACGGCGGCGCCAAGCACAAGCCGCUCUGCUCGAUUGAAGGCUGCGCCAAGAAGGCGUACGGGCGCAACCGCUGCAUUGCCCACGGCGGCGGCAAACAGUGUCUGGCGCCGCAGUGCCGGACCCGCGCGCGCGUGAGCGGCUACUGCUGGCGCCACCGCCACAAGUCAUCGACGACAAGUGACGACCCACUCCUCUCGAUCGUGGAUGCGUGGAUGAACGAAGAUGCCGCGACGCAGCACGAAGAAGCGAGCACCCCGACCCCGUACCCGGGUCCUCGCAAUUUAUGA